UUCUAAUCACAAUCACAAGCCUAGCACACAUAGCUAUAACUAACCCAUCAAUCGAUUACUAGGAACUUCAGUUAGUGAACUGAGGAGAUCGAUCGAACAGGCCUUUCAAAUUCAAAUAGAGAUCAUAGUAUUUGGAUGGCUUCGAUGUCGAUGAACUCGUCGAGGCCGCAGUGGACGGCGAAGCAGAACAAGCAGUUCGAGCAGGCACUGGCAGUGUACGACAAGGAGACGCCGGACCGGUGGCACAACAUUGCGCGCGCCGUGGGUGGCAAAUCUGCCGACGAGGCCAGGCGCUACUACGAGCUGCUCGUCGAGGACGUCAAACGCAUCGAGGCCGGCAGGGUGCCCUUCCCGGCAUACAGGUGCCCCGAUGGUGCCAUGGGCGGGUUCGAGGCCGACAGGCUAAAGCACCUGAAGAUAUAGGCGGCAUACAUGAAUGACUAUGAAGCAGCGCGCUAUGCAAGUCGGCCUAUCCGCCAUCAUGCGCGUUUCUGCCCACAAGCAAGUGAACAGGAGCAUGCAUCGAUCGACAUCCGAUCGUGCGUGCAUGUAGAUAAGCAGGAAUUACUAAUUUGUACUGUACUUACAUCAAUCUAUCUCUGUACUAUCCGUCUAAUACAUAAACAAUCCAUAUACAUAUAUAUUUGGUAUC